GGCCCCGUCCCGUGGGUUCGGCACCGCCCCGGUGGGAGCGCCGGGCGCUGCCGCCCCGCCCUGCCCGGGGCGGGCCCGGUGCCGGCGGGGCCGGGCGGGACGGCUUUAACAGGACCGGCCGUGGGCGGCAGCGGCAGCGGCACCAUGGGGCUGGAGCUGUACCUGGACCUGCUCUCGCAGCCCUGCCGGGCGCUCUACAUCUUCGCCCGGAGCAACAACAUCCCCUUCGAGUUCAAGCGGGUGCAGCUGGCCAAGGGGCAGCACAAGACAGAGGAGUUCCGGAAGGUGAACGUCCUGAUGAAGGUGCCUGCACUCAGGGAUGGCUCUUUCACCUUAGCAGAGAGCAUUGCAAUCCUCCUGUACCUGGUCCAGAAAUUCAAGACUCCUGAUCACUGGUACCCAGCUGACCUGCAGAAAAGGGCCAGGGUUGAUGAGUACCUGUCCUGGCAGCACAUCAACAUCCGUGCCAAGGGGAGCAAGCUGUUCUUAAGCAAGGUGCUGCUGCCCCUCAUCACAGGCCAGCCACUUCCUCCAGAGAAACUGGAGUUUGCCACUGAGGAGCUGAACGUUGCCCUGAAGCAGUUUGAGGAGAAGUUCUUGCAGGACAAGCCCUUCAUCGCAGGCAGCGAGGUCUCCCUGGCAGACCUGGUGGCACUGGUGGAGCUCAUGCAGCCCGUGUGUGCUGGCUAUGCCCUGUUUGAGGAGAGGCCGGCGUUAGCGGCGUGGCGCAGGCGGGUGGAAGAGGCUGUGGGGAAGGAGCUCUUCCUGGAAGCCCACCAGGAGAUCAUGAACGUUAAGAACUUGACUGCUGACCAGUUUGCACCUGAGCUGCUGGAGAAUUUCAAGCAGCAGCUCCUAAAGCAGAAUUAAAAGGUUGUGCUCUAAUAAAAUGGAUUAUUUUUCUG